CCUACAUUCUAUUUAACAAUAACAACAACAAACUAUUUUCUUCUGUUAGAUAGAUAGAUAAAGAACUGCCAAAAAUCAACACUCUGUCAUAAGCAAACCUUAGCCUUUUCUUUUAUUUCUCUCUCUAGUGUUUUUUUUUGUAUUACUGUACUUCAUAUUCUACUUUACAGCUCAAACUUCCAUUUUCCCAUCUUUCUUUGUCUUUACUUUUUUUUUUUUGAGUUAGAGAAACGUUUAGUACUCACUUGCAGAUCGAAUCUAGCAUUUUCAUCAGGGAGUAUUUCUGAUUUUCCACUGCUGGUUUCUUGGUGUUACAUCUUGUUUACUGUAUGUCAAAGGGAAUCGCAGCGCAGGCUAGCCUGUCAGAUGUGCUUCAGUAGCCUUAUUAUGCUUGACCAACGCCAAGAUGGGCGGCUUCUUUUUGAAAAUUCAGGAGCUGUUGAUUUUAGCCGUGCUGUUGCUUUGCAUUUCCUCAGGAGUUACGCUAGCUCUCAGUCCUGAUGGUCAAGCACUCGUCAACUUUAGGACCUCAAUACCUGGUUCAGAUGGUGUUCUCGAGAAGUGGAGACCAGAAGAUUCUGACCCUUGUGGCUGGAAAGGAGUACAAUGUGACCCAAAAUCAAAGAGAGUUACAUCUUUAAGCCUCCCUUAUCACAGACUGAGUGGACCCAUUUCGCCAGAUAUCGGGAAGCUAGACCAGUUGCAGUUUCUAUUUCUUCAUGAUAAUAAUUUCUAUGGGACAAUACCUCCUACAUUGGGAAACUGUACAAAGCUGAAAUCCUUGUUUCUCCAGGGUAACUAUUUAAGCGGACCGAUUCCUGAUGAGUUGGGGAACCUUCCUGAGCUUGAGCAACUAGACCUUUCAAGCAACUCUCUCAGUGGAAUCAUUCCACCAUCCCUUGGCAAGCUGAACAAUCUUGGCACUUUCAACGUGUCGACAAAUUUCUUGGUUGGGCAAAUACCUUCGGAUGGACACCUUGCCAACUUUGGAAAUGAUUCCUUUCUUGGAAAUCGUAACUUGUGUGGCAAGCAAAUCAAUCAGAACUGUAACAAUGGAGGUCCUUCAUCUCCCGGGUCCCCGGUUUCAGCCCAAAACCAAAGUAAGAAUGGUCGACUACUUAUAAGUGCAUCUGCCACUGUGGGUGCGCUGCUAUUGGUGGCACUCAUGUGUUUCUGGGGCUGUUUCCUCUACAAGCGACUGGGAAAAAAUGACGGCAAAACUCUUGGGAAGGAUAUUUGUGCAGCAUCGAUUGUGAUGUUUCAUGGAGAUUUGCCCUACUCUUCAAAGGAUAUCAUCAAAAAGUUGGAGACACUGGAUGAACAACACAUAAUUGGUUCUGGGGGGUUUGGAACUGUUUACAAGCUUGCAAUGGAUGACGGCAAUAUAUUUGCGUUGAAGAGAAUUAUCAAGAUGAAUGAAGGCUUCGAUAGAUUCUUUGAAAGGGAGCUUGAAAUUCUUGGAAGCAUUAAGCACCGGUAUCUGGUAAAUCUUCGAGGGUAUUGCAAUUCUCCAACAUCAAAGCUGUUGAUUUAUGACUUCUUAUCCGGAGGUAGCCUAGAUGAAGUUCUGCACGAGAGAUCUGAGCAACUAGACUGGGGUGCACGGCUAACUGUGAUCAUGGGAGCUGCGAAAGGGCUGGCUUAUUUACAUCACGAUUGUUCCCCUCGAGUAAUACACCGAGACAUAAAGUCUAGCAACAUUUUGCUUGAUGGCAACUUUGAGGCUCGAGUAUCUGAUUUUGGACUGGCCAAAUUACUCGGGGAUGAGGAGUCUCACAUCACAACAAUUGUAGCCGGAACAUUUGGGUAUUUAGCUCCAGCUUGUGUGUUUUCUUCUCUCUUCUACUUUUUCUUCUUUCAAGAAUACAUGCAGAGUGGUAGGGCUACAGAAAAGACUGAUGUGUAUAGUUUUGGAGUCCUGGUUCUGGAAGUCAUAAGUGGAAAGCGGCCCACUGAUGCAUCAUAUAUUGAGAAGGGCUUCAAUAUCGUUGGCUGGCUGAAUUUUUUAGCGUCUGAGAAUCGACGAAUGGAGAUAGUUGAUCCGCUUUGUGAACGAGUACAGACUGAAAGCCUCGAUUCCCUACUUUCAGUUGCCACACAGUGUGUAUCUUCAAACCCCGACGAGAGGCCCACCAUGCACAGGGUUGUUCAGAUUCUUGAAUCUGAAGUCAUGACACCAUGUCCCAGUGACUUCUAUGAUUCGGAUUGAAGGCUCUAGCUGGAUGUGAAGAAAAUUAAUUAUUCGAGUUCGCAUCUGCAAUUUCAUGCAAGUAAAUAGAGGGGGGAUCCAAGCAUUUGAUGGGAUUUAAAGUCUGCAAAGAUUCUUUGUUGUACUCUAUUUAUCAAUUCUUUCUGCAGAUAUGUGACAAAAGAAGACCAUUUCAACUGCCCUCAUUCCUCAAGUUCAAAGUUGACAGCUAGUUAUCACAGGUUCACCGUGCUUAAUUCUAUUUUUGAUUUCAUCAUUUUGCUCCAGUGCAUUGAGCUUUUAUUAUCACCAGGGGAAUGGAAUCUGUACGAGUCGUAUGAGCAAUCAAAUCCCCGUUUCUUUCAUUUGCGUUUUGUUUGUGGCCUCUCUUGCUGUAAUUGUAUAUGUAAACAAUUGAAUUGAUUUGACGUCAACCUUUUGCUAAGUUAAUAUCCUUUUUGUAUAUUAUGCUUCACACAAUAGCUGAUACAUCGGUUGACCGAAAGUAUUUGCUUUUUUACUUA